AUGCGCCUCAAGUCUCUGUCCUUCGCUCUUGCGGUGGGCCAUGUCGUGUGCUCCCGUGUUCCAGCUCUGGACGCCCGUCAGUCAAAUCCCUGUUUAGAGAUUGCCGACGAGAUCGAAAAGAACCCCGAUUUGAGAUAUAUCCGUCCGUCUUUGGCACUGGGGUGUUUACGGGUCUUCACCUUUGAUGUCGAAGAAUCCGUCGCCGUGAUCGAUUAUCUUAUCCCGAUGGUAUCGUUUCAAAGUAGCUUGGCAUUUUUGAAAGAUCCGCCAGAGGAAUACAAGAGGACGAGCGGAAAUAAUGGAAUAGACCUCCUCGGAGAGCUCAACAAGAUUCGAGAGAAGGCUAUCACGAAAGGGUAUCCUUCACAAUAUGACUUCUCGGUAGCUGUCAAAUCCCUUGCCCUGAGAGUAAAAGAUGGUCAUUUCUCUAUCAACCCAUGGCGUACUGGACUCUUCAGUCUCAUCCAGGAUAUGUACCUCAUAGCGGUUUCCAUCGAUGGGGUCAACCUGCCCGAGAUAUACGAGCUAGAUUACUUCCAAGAUGAACUCAGCCACGGAAGAGAACCGUCUCCCGUUGCCAAGUUCAAUGGAGUUCCCAUAGAAGAAUAUUUAGACAGCCUUCAAGACCGGAUAUUCUACCAGGAUAAGGAUGCCACGUAUAACAGUCUCUUGGUUGAUAUCUCGGCAUUCGGGGCUGGCGAAAAUACUGACGUGGGCCCCUUCCUCUCAUCGGGUCUCCAUUUCGAUAUACCAGACGAAACGACGGUAGAACUGGCCGAUGGCACGGUCAUCACCCGCGCCAACGCCGCGCUCAUGACGACGGCUUUUAAAAAUCAGUUAAUGAAGGAGAUCCAGGAGCGGCGAGGCGUCACCAAGGCUGAAGCGAUUGCGCCCCGGCAGCAGGAUGACCAGCCCUCAUGCCUUCCCUCAGAGGGGGUGUCCCCAAGGCCAUCAUUCUGGCCUCACCCCGUUGAGGAGCAUGCGGAACAUUAUACGGGGCUGUAUUUUCUGACUGGAAAAUACGAAGACACUGCCGUCCUUGAGAUACGAAGCUUCCAGUCCCCAUACUCGGGGUACUGGGACGGAGACCAAUGUCAAGACGAAGAUCUCCACGAGUUCUACCGCUUCGUACAUGAUUCCGUCAGAACAUUCCAGUCUUCUGGAAGACGUCGCCUCAUUAUCGACGUGAUGGGGAACGACGGGGGGUUCGACGCGAACGCGUUCCACAUUCUUAUGGCAUUCUUCAACAUUGACGCCGACUACGGCUUCAAUAUCCGAAUGCGCAGCACGCCGGCCGUGAGAUGGCUCGCCAACGCAGCCCAGAGCCAGCAAACGAACGUGAGCACCAACUUUCGUGACCUAUUCUACAAAUUCCCGGAAAAUCUGGGACCGGAGAGGAUCCACGGAGACGACUUCAGCAAGCUGAUAUUUCGGAAUAUUACCGACCGAAACCGGCUCUACGGCUUUUCCAACCCCGGCUUGGGCGAGCCGCUACUGCCCCCCGGAGAUAUCGUCGUGCUCACAAACGGAAUGUGUUCGUCGGCUUGCGCGCUAUUCGUAGACCUGGCCACGAACGACUUGGGUGUGAGGUCCGUCGUCAUGGGCGGGCGUCCCCUCGAAGGGACGAUGCAGGCUGUCGGAGGUACCAAAGGCGCGCUCCUCGUUACUCUAAAAGACACGCAGGAUUUCAUCGAUCUUGCCGUGAAGGCCGCCGGUCUUACUUCGCCUCCGCCGGAACUCGGAAUUCCACCACCGGAUUAUCAGCCGGGGGAGUUGAGGCGGAUGGCCACCAACGGCCGAGAUGUGUGGAGGGAUGGAGCGGAGGUUCCGACGCAGUUUACGGUCCAGGCGGCGAAUUGCCGGUUGUUUUAUACGCCUGAUACCGUGCUGAAUGUGGUGGGGAUUUGGGAAAGGGUCGCUGAUGUCGCGUGGCGCGGUGCGAAAUGUGUGCCGGGGUCGACGGCGAAUUCGGACGAUACAAUUAGUGAUAGGCGUCCUCCGUUUAGGCAAGGUGGGCUCAGGCUUAACGCGGCAGGGGAGAAGAAGACGAGGGCGUGGGUGCACUAUUUCGAUGGUGAGAAGAGGAACGCUACCUUGGAGAAGUCUGGUCGCGUCAUGGAGGAGUUGAAGGCUUGGGAGUAUGCAGCGGAUGUCUUUCACGAGAACGGGGAUGAAAACUGGUCAGGCACCAUAGUAUUUUAG